AUGGCCACGGGGCCACCGCAGCCCCUGCGGAUUUUCCUUUCUCUUCCUACUUUCCCAGAGAAGCCGACAAAGUUGAAUGCUAACUCUUCUGUCCUUCUGCAGAACAUGGAAGGUGUUCUACUGAUCUUGGCACUGACAGAAGAGCUGGUGUUUUCUGUUCAGGUACUGUCUCCCACUGUCUCCUCCUCUCAGGGCUUCCUGAUGGACACUACCACUGUCACAGCCAUGGGAACAACACCUCGCCACGCGGCAGAGCCCCUUCCCACGUCCGCUCGCACCGUGCCCCAUCCCAGGCAAAAGCAAGCGAGUGGCCCUCGCGUCAGCGAAAAGGAAACGUAUCAUUUAUACAACCAGAGUGCUUUGUACUCGGGACAGACUCGCCCCAAGGGGAAAAUAUUCCAGGUUUUCAAAGGCAACUUCACAGAGUCCUCAGAGCCUUACCUAAAGACGACCCUGCACUCUCCCUUCCCUACGCUGAGGAGCCCUUUCACAGACCACCCGUUUCAGUCCCAGACCGCAGCAUCCAGCGAUCCAAAUGGCACGGGGCUGGCAAGAACUACACACUCAGACCCUUCUCCCCACCACAACACCUCGGGAAGCCUUAGGGAAGCAGAGCGAGGGGAUGGGGCCAAGCUAGUGGUGCAGGAGGCAGAUUUUGCCACCACAACUGCUGGACCAUCAGCUGAUCCUGAAGCAGUGUCGGUGCCUUUUAAACCCACCCACUAUGGCGUAUGGGAUAUGCUGAGCAAAAACAACUCUUGGGUGACCUUGAAUCUCAGUACAAAUGUCCCUCUGUUUGCUGGCCCUGGAUCUGCAACAGCAGCAGCGGGUCACUCGGAUCAGACCAGUUUUGACGUCGGCAUCUCCUCCCCAGCAGCGGGAGACCCCAAGGGACCCGCUCCAACGCAGCACGGCGCGGUGACUAACGCGACCUUGCUGGGCAGUGCUCUCUCCGCAGCGCCUGCCACGAGGUUGUCCAGCUCCAUUUCCACAGCUGGCUCCACAGCCACGGGGAACUUCCUAAACAGACUGGUUCCUGCCGGGACCUGGAAACCCGGGGUGCAAGGAAACAUCUCCCAUGUCACCGAGGGGGACAAACCCCAGCACAGAGCAACCAUCUGUCUCAGCAAGAUGGACAUUGCCUGGAUCAUUCUGGCUAUCAGCGUACCUAUAUCCUCAUGUUCAGUUCUGCUGACAGUCUGCUGCAUGAGGAGGAAGAAAAAGACAUCUAACCCAGAAAACAACCUGAGCUAUUGGAAUAAUGCUAUUACCAUGGACUACUUCAACAGGCAUGCUGUAGAGUUACCGAGAGAGAUCCAGUCCCUGGAGACUUCAGAGGACCACCUCUCCGAGCCACGCUCCCCUGCCAACGGUGACUACCGCGACAGCGGGAUGGUCCUCGUGAACCCCUUCUGUCAAGAAACGCUGUUUGUAGGACAUGAGCAAGUCUCUGAAAUAUGA